AGAAACACACAACAUAAGAGAACACACUCAUACACGGAUAACAUACAUUGUGUCUACACAUGCCCUUAUGCGCAUGAGAAGCCUUUGUCCGUAUUUGUGAUUGCUUUUCGCAGCAGAGUCGAGUAGUGUGUGCGCAUUGCAUUCACGGGAUCAGUCUGGAUUGUUUGGCAACGAUUGCUCGAUUAGCAACCUGGCAGAUCUACAGUUGGCUAGUGCUGCUAUCGAGAUUUAUCAAGUGUUUUGUGUGACGGAGAUUGUGAGAUUUUUUUUGGAAAAUUGUGUUGUGUUAAAGUUUAAAGCAGUCCUCGGAUUGACAGCUCGCGACAAGUCCGCUGAACGGAAGUUUUCAUUAUCUGUAAGUUGAAGUGGAUAGUUCGACCAUUCGUGUGUGAAAUUUUCGCAUUAUCAAUCGGUAAUUUUUGCGUGUCUAAUUAUUAAAUCAAUUCGUGGUGACUCUUUAAUUUUUCCUCACACAUGAAUCUAAAUUGUAGAUGAUCGUGACGAGAGUGAGACAAAAUGAUGAUAAUUUAGUAUUGGUGUAUGGGAAGUGUUUAAACAAAGGGACGAUUCAAUUGUUUAUCCGCGGACCAUCAGUGUUAAUUAUACGAACAUAAAAUCGGAUCAUUGACGACUCUCUUUCCUAUCACUUUCUCUCUUUUUCUUAAUUCGCAGACCGUUGAUUGUCGAAACUGUUUGUUUGUUUCUUUUUUUUUGGUGCUGCCAUUGCUGCUAGAGACUAAAACCCCCAUAGAGAGAGUCGGAGUGCUACAGUGCAUUUCAAGUGAGAAGAUAGACAAUUGGAUUGGAGUUGUGCAGUGUCGUGCCUGCGAGGCCCUUACAUGAGAAUCGGCUCAGCUGAUUCAUAGACUGCGCCAUCACGGGCUCUUCGCAGCUUUUCCAAUAAUCAACAAUAAAAAUGUCGUCUCCAAGUGCUGGCAAGCGACGUAUGGACACGGACGUUAUCAAACUAAUAGAAAGCAAACACGAAGUGACAAUUUUAGGUGGACUCAACGAAUUUUCCGUCAAAUUUUACGGACCUCGAGGGACGCCAUAUGAAGGAGGAAUAUGGAAAGUGCGGGUUCAUUUACCAGAACAUUACCCCUUCAAAUCUCCUUCGAUCGGUUUUAUGAACAAGGUUUACCACCCUAACAUUGAUGAAGUAUCGGGCACCGUCUGUCUCGACGUUAUCAAUCAAGCGUGGACAGCCUUGUAUGAUCUCUCAAAUAUUUUCGAGUCUUUUCUACCACAGCUGUUGACAUAUCCUAAUCCAAUUGAUCCCUUAAAUGGCGAUGCAGCUGCAAUGUACCUUCACAAGCCUGAGGAGUACAAGAAAAAAGUCGCAGAUUACGUAAGGAAAUACGCGACAGAGGAGGCGCUUAGGGACCAGGAAAAUGGUACGGGGAAUGGAAUGUCCUCGGACAGUGAGUCUUCAAUGAGCGACUUCAGUGAGGACGAGACGCGAGAUAUGGAGUUGUAACCAAAUAUUUUACCAUCCAUACCCAUACCCUUAAUCACGAUUCCUUGUAAUCUCCGAUCGCUCGUCUUAUCAAAAUAGAUGCUUACACCUAAAAAUUUCUUCGACCUUCGAUCGAUAUCAACCUCAGACAUUUUUUGAGAGGCUUACAAAAAAAAAAUAUUGAUGGCGAUCGGUUUGUAGUGUAACAGUGAACACAUUAUUACCCGGAGUUGAUUUCUUUUCAAUGUCGAAAGUCAAAAGCAAAAAAAAAAAACUUGAAAAA